GCCGUGGCUCAAGUAUGCCUCCCGCCUUUGGGUGAGUACGGAUACUCCUACAAUGCGACCGACCAAUCUGUCCUGGACGCCAUCGCGAAAAAUUGCACAACGAUCAAUGGAAGCAUCGUGAUCGCGACAAGCUAUACCGGCUCCUUCAACCUACCCAACGUUCGCAACAUCACUGGACAGAUCGGCUAUGGAUGGGAGGGGACCCCCGCGGUACCUGCACCGACGUCGAUCAGCCUUCCACAUCUCGAGUACAUGGGGAGCGAUAUGUACCUCUUGGGUAUUUCGACUUUGGCAAAUGUGUCCGCGCCGAAGUUGAGGACGGCCGGAUGGGCGCUAAGAAUGGACUAUGUGCAGAACGUUGAUUUGCGAUCAUUGGAAACCGUCAGAUAUGCGGAGAUCUUUGGCGAUGUUUCCAGUCUGCGCUUAGACUCACUUUGGAAUGUGUCUGGAUACUUUUCUAUCUGCAAUAAGGAUAGAUGCGAGAAAAACCAGUCUUCAACCACGCCAUUAUAUAUCUCUCUUCCUUCGCUUCAAUCAGUGGGUAGCAUAGAAACCGCUGGAAGUUUAUCGGGACUAGCAGUGCCGAACCUGACAACCAUCAAGGAAGAAGCUAGAUUUGCUGGCUUCCAGCGCGCCUCAUCCAAUGCAUCAGCUAUCAACAUCACUUUUCCUCGUCUCAAUAAUGCGCCUACAUACAUGAUUUUGGGAGGGAACAUCUCCAGUCUUUCCAUGCCGGAAAUGCGGAACAUGAGUGGAUAUUUUCGGGUUGAUGCUGAUGAUUCACUAGCCAUUAACCUUCCUUUCGAAGAGGCGUCGUCUAUUGACUUGUACGGAGCGAUUUCAAGUGUGAAAUUUCCGAAGCUGAAAUCCCUUUCCAGCUUCAGCCUCCAUAGCAGCCUCUCCUUGGAUUGCCAAUCCGUGAAGGAAACCAUCACGAAGGCCAAAAAUGGCUCAAAAGGCUAUGUAGACUGCAGUUCGAAAGAGCACUCCAAGAAGUUAGGCACCGGGGCCAUUGCCGGUAUCGUGGUUGGUGUUGUGAUUGGUGUCGGACUUAUAAUUGUCCUCGGAGCGCUCUAUUACAUUAAGCGGCGAAAGAGACGAGAGGAAAAGCCAAUAUCGAACACGGAACUCAAUGGCUUCAGUCCAUCAUGCUACGAAGAGCCGCAGGCAAUUCGAGUUCCUCCUCCGAAGUACUCUCCUCCCUUGGGAACGAGGUGA